GAAAAAAAAGUGUAAAAUUACACGACACUGAAUUGAUGUUUCCCAUUUAAAUAACCUUAAUUUAAAAUUGACAUUCAUCGUAAAGUGUUAAAUCACACCUAAAGAGGGUUCAUGUAAACUGAAAUUAAACGUAAAGCGUGUUUCUCAUGUAAACGAUUUUGAAUUUGUGGCCUUUUGCCAAAAUUUGAAUUAUGAAAAGCAUGUAAAUUAUAAUUCAUCGUAAAUUUUGCCCCAUGUAAAAGUGAAACAAACACAAAUUUCAAUUGAAACCUUAGCUGUUGUUAUUGACAGUUCAUUAUUAUUUACGGUUGGUGGGGAACGGUGCUGGAGUGUUUUGAAGAGAAAUUGCCAGUUUGGCUAGAAAAAGCAGAAGUUGCACAUUCAUUUACAUGUUUUGCUGUAAACAAAACUUGAAUGGCCUUCCGGAGGUUGUCAACAACGGUAGCAAUGCAAAUGCAAGAGUUGUUUUCAUCGUGCCGGUCCGAGCUCAUAAAAAUCAAAACAUUCUUGCUGGAAGCUGAUUCUUCCGAAGCAAUCUGAUGUUUAUGAGCGGAAUUCCAAUGGAAUGGAAUGAAACAUCAAUGCUUCCAGCUGAAUCGCAGCGGGAUGAACGAGAAAGUAAAUUUUAGUUCUGAUUAAUACUUACAAAAUAAUUUUAGUUUCAGCAGCUGCUAACACUGUCCCCUGCGAGCAGGUGCCGUCUCAAUUUCCUUGACUACCAGCUGCUUCUUGCUGCGGUGGCUGCGAACUCCGUCAGCAUCCUUUUCCGGGUUUCUUCGUCGGCGGAGGCACGAACGGUACGGGCAAGUUUGUCCGAAACAACGGCGCCUUACGGUGGCUUCACUUCAUCGUCCGGUAGAUCGCUUGGUCGAAAGCUCCCUCAGCUUUAGCCAUCGAAACAUCCGGACCGGGUGGCUGAUAUUUUUGCACGAUCGUGACGGAUGGAGUGGCUGCGGGUAAUUUUGCCUUGGUUCACAUCCGUAUCAGAUUCUGGUCAUUCCUACCGGUAAGAAUAUUUCGCGGUAUUAUGGUCAUCCUGGCACUAGUGGCCGAAUUUGGUGAUAAAUACUCACGAAUUAGAAUUUUCAUAUUUAUUUUCAAAUUUACAGGAAUCACUCUCAGUUUCUAGAGUUAUCUACGUGCGCAUGUAUUGAGUGUACGUACACGAAAAAGAUUGAGGUUAAAUUUUGUUCCGUCCAGCAAAACAAAUGGCGUGGUAGUGUGCGUGAGAGCGGGCUUAGAUAACUCUCUUGUCAGAUUGUCACAGUUUCUUGUCAGCUUGUCAUCUUGACAGAACACAGAAACAGAACGUUAAAACUGUCGGAGUACAAUGCACGGUAAUCUUUAAAUGCUGAAAAGUUAAUCCACGCAACUCCGACAAGCUAAGUAACCCAAUUUGGUUAGUCAACGAUGAUAUUCUAUAAUGAGUAUUAUUUUUUUAGGAAACUUUUGAAAAGUUGCACAUCAUCAAGCAGAGUGUUGCAGAGUUGUACAAUGCUAAUGCAAAUUUCUACAUUAAGCAGUAAUUUUUUUUCACCCUGUUUUUUGGGAAGUAUUUUUGGUCAAACUAUCGUAGCAUUGAUGAGAGUUAGGUACUUUCAUUUGGUCCAAAAAAUAAUGCUUAAAUUUGAGAUACUAUUGUUCACAGCGAUAAAACUUAUUUUUCUAAGUAUAAUGCCCCUUUGUACGAUCGCAAAGGAUUUAAAAUUAAUGUUAAACCAAUUUUAAAAAAUAACUACGCGGCCCUUCUUGACAGAAAAGUUCCUACUUGACAGCUCGCUUCUAGGAGACCAUAGCCCAUCGAAAAAAUGUUGUCUUGUCACUUUUUGUUGCUUUAUAAUAAAAAAAGUGAUCAUAAAUGAUUUUUAGUCAUGUUUUAUAUUUUAUUCUGGAAGAUCGUCAUCUGGGUCGAAUUGGAACAGCUGUUUUAGCGUUGUUACUGCACAAUAUUUGGAUAUGACUAGUUUCGGAUAGAACAGACACAAAACAACAAUAAUGGUGCAUCGUUUUCCAUAUUUUAUGCUUUAAGUGCCUCAAAAACUGCUGUCUCUGUUCAGACUGCAGUUGACGGUAUUUAUUUUUUAAAAGUAUUUUUGUCAGCAGCUGUACUCACAUAAUUUUCUUCUUAUGUCGCCCCCCUUCAAAAUUGGCCUGAGGGCAAAAAAAAAAAUCUAAAAAAACUUCAAAAUUUUAAUAAAAGUUAAAGUUUUAUCAAAUGAAAACCAGUAAAAAUGCAUUUUCUUACGUUUAUAAUUAUAUUUAGCAAAAAGUUUUUUUCGCGUAAAAAAAAUUUCCGACUAUGCCUCGAUAUUUUGAAAACUAAUGAUUGUAAAUCAACUGGCCGCGAGUAAAAUGCAUUUUUUGCAAUUCCGUCCUGCAACUACUUACUUUUCCUGCCAUUCUUGAAUGACGAAAUAGCCUACUUAUCUGUACCAAAAAUAACAGAAUCGAAUAGCAACACUUUUCAAUAUAAAUGCUGAAAAGUUCUACUUUUCAGCACUGAAAUGGGUGCUGAAAGGUUGAACUUUUCAGCACUUGUUUCGAAAAGUAACACUUUUCAACAUUUUACAAAUUACAAAUUUAAUUUUUUGUUUAUUUAAACAAUUUAUUGACAAAAUACAUGAAAAUUUGACUUAAAAUUUCAUUCAAUGAGUGUUUUUGGAAUUGCAAAAAAUGUUGUAUGGAACUCGUUGCAAAACUUGAUUUUUUCAGCACUUUUCGUAUUUAUCCAACUCGGUGAACCUCGUUAGAUAAAUGUACGACCUAGUGUACGACUCGUGCUGGAAAAUCCUCUUUUUGCAACUUGUUGCAUAAAAUACUAUUAAAACACUUUUUUCAUCCAAACCUAGGCUUGUGAUUUCAAUUUUUAUAUUUUUUUUAAAUUUAUGUUGAUAUGACCGUGGGAGAACCCCAGAGUAAUACAGAGUCACCACUGCGGCCGCAUGACAGCAGCAGAAAAAAAAAAUUUGGCUGUUGUCAAAGGUUGCCUUGACAUUUUGAACUGAAAUUUUGGAAAAUAUUCAAAACACGCCAAGUUGUCAGCCUAAUCAACGCUGAAAUUCAGUUCAUCUUGCUGAUUUUGACACCGCGGUGGUUCGGCGGGUUUAACGUCCUGUCAGUUGAAGCAAAGGAAAAACGAGAUUAAAUCUCGCAAUAAGCAAUAAGCUGUGUAUUUACCCAAAAUUGAGUAGAUGCGAAAAAACACCAACUCCGACAGAAUCCAGAAAGCCAGUCUACUAUUUUAACAGGUCAUUGAUUUAUAAAUGUCAAAAAUGCUAUUCAAAACAAAUGUCAAAUUUUACAGCCAGGAAAAAAAUCUUGACUUGCAGUAAAUAAGUAGCUUAGUGUGUCUAAGACAGUUUUUUUUACUAGAAAUCAAACUUAAACAAUGUUAUCAGGUGAAACGGUAAACCUAACUCUGAAACCGUAACCACUCCCUGUUCACCACGGUCAGCAAAAAGCUGUGUUGUUGCGUUUGUUAAAGAGGAUUUAAGGUCAGGAUCACCUGGACGCUAAUGCGAAUCGAGGCUGCCCUGCACCAGCACAAGAUCUCCUGGCCGGAGGAAUCGACCAUCCACAUCACCAGCAGCCCCACGAUCUAUUGACAGGUUUGCCACGAUUCGAGCUCGCAAAUCGCCAACCUGUACGACGCCGACCCGCGGACGCUGUUCCCCCAGCCGGCGAGCAUCUUUAACCGGGCCUCGUUUAAGUCGGCCGAACCGGAGCAACGCGAAUCGAUUUUCCCGCUGACCUCAUCGAGCGGUUCCGUCUGCCAGGGGGCGCUGAUACGAACGAAGAUGUCUCGAGUGCAAGGACUUCCGCGACUCGACCGUCUACUGCGGGGACGACAAGCGGGCGGACGCCAACGACUAGGCCGUGUACGCGUCGACCGAGGAGGUCAUUCAGCAGCAGCAGAAGCAUCUCCUUUAACCUCCAACAUCUUUAGCGCUGUCGUCAUCGUCAGCUUCGAGCAGCUUCAACGGUGCGGGACCACCACCGGUUCCGGUCAAGCCGGACCACUUAGAGGGACGAAGGGUUGCCGUAAAUAUUGAAGGACCUCGGUAGAGUGAUGAAGUACGUCUCCAGUCAUGUGAUGACGUUUCUGUACGCCUGUUUUUACGUGUGAGUAUCUAAAAUGCUUUUGUUUUAAUUUUUCUUAAUCAAAAUCUCUGUGAUAAGCUUAUAUUUACGUUUAGUGGUUUAGAAACCAACGAAAUAAUAUCAAAACCGUUUAUUUCUGAAAAACUAAAUUGAAUAUCUUAUUUUGAUCGUAGUUUGCGGAUUGCAUUGUGAUAAGUUUGUUGAUAAGAUAUUAAGAACACACACUUAGAUAAAAAUUAAAAUUCUAACGCUUAAAACCUCCGAUAAUACAAAAACAAAACCAAGCUCCACCGAAUCUGAAUUCCGAUACAACAUUUAUACGCUUUGUUCUUAAUAAGACCAAAUGAAUUGUUUUCUAAACAAUAAUCCACAAAAGCGUUUGAAAUUUACAUCGGAUUUUGGAUUCAGUGGAGCCAAACAAAAUUUUUCUUUGGGUAAAUUUACGUUAUUUUCAUCGGAAAUUUACACGAUUUCGAUAAGUUUUCUCAAGGCACAUUUACAUCGGAUGAAAUGUAUAUUUACAAUGAAUGUAUUGUAAAUUCGCAUCAUUAAUGACGUGCACUUUUGGUACAUCAUAAAUGAUGUAAAUUUACCGAAUUUUUUUUUCUGUGUAAGGUACUCGCGGUUGAGUGUGUAGCACUGCGGUUGUCAAAAUCGCUAUCUCUGACUCUCUCACUCCACUGACACUGGCAUUGUUUAUGUUUUGGUUUUCCUGGAACGGUCCAUUGUUCUUUUGUUAUUGUUUUGGUUUUAGUGGCACGGAGUCAUGCACUCAUGCAAAGCAAGAUGGCUAGUACCUAUGACAUACAGCCUUGCGAUCAAACAUCAGCACCGUGUGUGCACGCGUAUAUAAACAAACCUACCCAAUCAAAUCGUUUUCUGCUUGACGGGUUCAUUCCGCUUCGAAAAUUGGUUCGAAAUAUUCUAAACAGAUUGUCUGAUUGGGUUCCGCUUCGAUUCCGUUUGAGCAUUUUUUGCACAAGGGCGACACCUGCUGGUGUACGGCGGAACCUCGAUGACAUUUCGCCGAGUUUCGCCUAAGCGGUUUUUCGUCAGAGUGUGAGGUGACAUCAAAAGAAAUGAAAAAACGCGUUUCAUCUUGAAAUUUUUUACGAGCGUCAACGGAAGAGCAUCGAAUUUUUUCAAUCAGAUUUUCUGAAUUCUGAUAGAAAAAUUAAAGUUUGUGGCCGGAUUUGUUGAUUGCCAAGUGCCCCACGCCCGGGACGGGCGGAAUGACCUGUUUAGACGACUAUCAUCAACGUUAUUUAGGCCAACUACUGUAUUAAAUACAAACAAUACAAAGUUCAUUCCAAUCAACGAAUUUAUUUCCAGAGACAUUGUUGCGAUACAGAUGGAGGUCCCUACGGUCAGAGGAAGUACCUGGAUGUGUGUGGCAUCUGCUUACUUCCCCGGCGAUACCGAAGAAGCUCCGCCUGUUGAUGUGACGAUGUUUAUUUCUUACUGUAGGAAAAUGAAUAAACAAUUUAUUGUUGGAUGCGAUGCCAAUGCUCACCACACAGUAUGGGGCAGCACAAACAUCAAUAAAAGAGGAGCAAACUUGCUUGAUUAUAUAUCAUCAAAUAAUAUUGAUAUUUGCAAUAUCGGUAGUUCCCCAACAUUUGUCACAGCAACAAGACAAGAGGUUCUUGAUCUCACUUUUUGCAGUGAACCAAUAUCCGAAAGAAUAUCAAAUUGGAAGGUUUCCAAUGAAAUAUCACUUUCAGAUCACAAACAAAUUGACUUUGAAUAUGAUGCAGGAGAAAUGUUAGUAGGAACAUAUCGAAAUCCUAAAAAAACCAAUUGGGACAACUAUAAAGUUCUUCUAAAUAACUACAACUUUAAUGCCGGGGAUGUAAUCCGCACUGUUGAACAGUUGGAAAAAGCAUCAUCGGAAUUGACUAACGCAAUUACUAAUUCCUACAUGGCUAGUUGUCCAAUUCAACACAAAUCCUCCAACCGUGAGGUAUCGUGGUGGAAUGAAAACCUGGCAGUGUUAAGGAAAAAAUCCAGACAAUUGUUUAACAGAGCAAAAAAAUCUGGAAACUGGGAUUCUUAUACAAGAGCCCUGACUAAAUACAUUCGCAUUCGCAUUCGCAUGGAGAUGGUGAUCUUAGCGGGUUGCAGACUGGAUUUUGUCAUGUUUGUAUGAUGAUUGUCUAGCCCAGGUUGCUUAGAAAUUGAUUAAAGGGAAUUAAAACCAAUUCUACCAGAACAGGACAGGCAGCACCAUGAGAGCCAUCCAUUGCCGGCCGCUCCCAUCUCCACCAUUCACCGGGGAGGAAUAAGGAUUUGGAGCACGGGAAGUGUUGAUGCUAAACUUACUUAGAAAAAGGUAGCGAAACCGCAGGCUCUUUUUCCCAACCCUAUUGUGGAACUUGAUCAAACUGACCGUUUGACCAAAUUUGAUCGAAUUUAAACAACAGGGUUGCGUAAGUGUCGCGGGGAGUUGGUAGUUGUGAUGGGUAGAGGUCUAGGAUUCGCCCUAAGCAAGCGAUACGACCUUUGGCAUAAAUGAGUUUAGUCGGUAAGAUUUUUAUUCCCAAGGCAAGCAAUCGGAUGCUGCUGUUGAGACAAUUCCCGUUUAAUCAAGGUAGUGAAUUUAGUAUUUUAAACGGAUUGGAAUUUUAUUCUCAAGGCAAGCAAUAAGAUGCUACUGUUGAGACCGCUGUUAUUUAGUUGAUGAAUGUUUAACUCUUUAUCCCGACGCGAAUAUGUUUAUUUAAGGUCCAAUAUUAGACAGCCGACUGUGGAAAUAAGGGAUCCUAUUAAUAAAUUAAAAUGUUGACCAAGACAUACAGACGAUUGUACAAGAGCCCUGACUAAAUACAAUACAGAAAUAAAACGAUCUAAACGUAGCGACUGGAGACGUUCUUGCGAAAAAAUCGAGAACUCCUCAGUAGUUGCGAGAUUACAAAAAGUUCUUUCCAAAGAUCAUUCAAAUGGCCUAGGAAAUUUAAAAAAAGAUGAUGGCAGCUUCACGAGUAACGCUUCUGAAACACUAGACUUAAUGAUGAAAACUCACUUUCCUGGCUCGACUGAGGUAACGAGUGGUAUAGAUCAGGCCGAGGGCGAAAGACCGGCAAAAGAUUGGUCUGUACUCGCACACAAUCAAGCCUGUGAAAUAUUCACCUGUUCCAAAGUUGAGUGGGCGGUGAGCUCUUUCAAACCAUUUAAGUCAGCGGGUAGGGAUGGAAUUUUUCCAGCUCUUCUUCAGAAAGCAAACGAUUCUAUAAAUAUACGAUUAACUGACCUAUUUAGAGCCAGUAUCACUCUAGGUUAUAUCCCAAAAGCCUGGAGAGAGGUACGGGUCAUAUUUAUUCCGAAGGCAGGAAAAAGGGACAAAACAAGUCCCAAAGCCUUUCGACCCAUAAGUCUUUCUUCAAUAAUUCUUAAAUCAAUGGAAAAAAUACUAGACGAUGUUAUUAAAGCAACAUUUUUGAAAACAAAUCCUUUAAAUAAAGGACAAUUUGCUUACUAAAGCGGCAAGUCAACAAUUACUGCUUUAAAUUGCUUAAUUACAAAAAUUGAAAAGUCCUUCAAAGCAAAGGAAUUGGCUUUGGCUGCAUUUCUGGACAUUGAAGGAGCUUUUGAUAAUGCAUCUCACAGCUCUAUGCGCUCUGCUAUGGAAGCGAAGGGCUUUGAUUCAUGUAUUAUCAACUGGAUUGAGGCAAUGCUAAUUAACAGGGAAAUUUCUGCUGACUUAGGAGAAGACAGACUAGUUAUCAAACCUCGGAGGGGAUGUCCACAAGGUGGAGUUUUAUCACCUCUGCUAUGGUCACUAGUUGUCGAUGAUCUCUUGAAAAAGUUAGCGAAUCUCGGUUUCGAAUUGGUUAGCUACGCGGAUGAUAUCUGCAUAAUAGUUCAUGGAAAAAUAGGAAAGUUUAUUUCAAACCAAAUGCAAUCUGCGUUGAAUUUUAUUUCAAAGUGGUGUAAAAGAGAAGGUCUUGGUAUAAAUCCCUCUAAAACAGUUAUUAUACCGUUUACAAGACAACGAUCGAUAUUUAUCCCUGAACUUGUUAUUCGUGGGAUAACAAUAGAUUUUUCCAACGAAGUGAAAUAUCUAGGAGUCAUCUUGGAUAGUAAACUAAAUUGGAAUGCUCAUUUAAAUUAUUUUAUUAACAAAGGAACUAACGCUUUAUGGGUAUGCAAAAGAACCUUUGGGAAAAAGUGGGGCCCUCGGCCAAAAAUGAUUUAUUGAUUAUAUACGUGUAUAGUUAGACCAAGAACAACAUAUGCUUCACUUGUGUGGUGGCCUAAAGUUAAGUUAAAAAAUGCACAAAACAAAUUGGCUAAACUGCAAAGAUUAGCCACUAUUUCAAUAACGGGAGCUAUGCACAGUACUUCGUCUGCUGCACUAAACUCUUUGUUGAAUUUACAGUAUGUAAAAAAAGUAUUUACACCCCUUGGGCACUAUGCACAUUUUGUGAUGAAACAUGUAAAAAAUUUAAAGUUUGACAGGAACCUAGUACUACGUUUUGUUCAGAAACUCAUGCCAAACAUUUUGCUAAAAAAAGCUCAUGAAAAGAUGAUUUCUAUAAAAAGUUAUAUAACAAAUACUAUUACGAAAAUAAAAAAGGUGCAAAAAAAGUUUGUACACCUUUCGAAAAAUUAACAUAAAUAAUGUUAUUUGUUGACAAAUCACCAUAAAUCCAGUCUCCCAACUCCAAAUAGGCAUCCUUGACUGAUUAAAAAAAUAAUUUGGAUUGAAUAUAAAGUUUACUAACUACUUAGUAUAAAAGUUUAUAUAACUCUGGAAAUUCUAUAUAAAACUUAUCUAAACUUAAUUUUGCAAACUUUUAAUUCAACUAAAUGUCAAUAUAUUACCAUAGAAUUGCUAAAUAAACAUUUUGGAGUGGGUAUAACACCGUUUUGGGGGUAUUUGUAUCGAUAGAAUAGAUUUUUCGUUGGAAUUUCGUACCAACCCGGAAUUACGUCGUCGGAAAAUCCGCCGGCAUCUGAACCGGUCCUCAAUUCACAAGUCAACCUAUGUGGCAUCAGAAAGGGCAUAAAAUUUGCGAUCUUUUGAUACCCAUACAUCCAGGUUUUCUAUAAAACCCACGUUUUUAAAUACCUAAGCAAAAACGUUGUUAUGGUUUCGUUUGAGCAACCUGCCAAAAAUGUAUGGAAUUUCGUAAUUUUUGUUCUCGUGGAUCAAACUUACUUUUUGCCCAGGUAUUUAAAAACGUAGGUUUUAUAGAAAACCUAGAUGUAUGGGUAUCAAAAGAUCGCAAAUUUUAUGCCCUUUCCGAUUCCACAUAGGUUGACUUGUGAAUCGUGGACCGGUUCGGAUGCCGGCGGAUUUUCCUACGACGUAAUUCCGGGUUGGUACGAAAUUCCAACGAAAAAUCUAUUCUAUCGAUACAAAUACCCCCAAAACGGUGUUAUACCCACUCCAAAAUGUUUAUUUAGCAAUUCUAUGGUAAUACAUUGACAUUUAGUUGAAUUAAAAGUUUGCAAAAUUAAGUUUAGAUAAGUUUUAUAUAGAAUUUCCAGAGUUAUAUAAACUUUUAUACUAAGUAGUUAGUAAACUUUAUAUUCAAUCCAAAUUAUUUUUUUAAUCAGUCAAGGAUGCCUAUUUGGAGUUGGGAGACUGGAUUUAUGGUGAUUUGUCAACAAAUAACAUUAUUUAUGUUAAUUUUUCGAAAGGUGUACAAACUUUUUUUGCACCUUUUUUAUUUUCGUAAUAGUAUUUGUUAUAUAACUUUUUAUAGAAAUCAUCUUUUCAUGAGCUUUUUGUAGCAAAAUGUUUGGCAUGAGUUUCUGAACAAAACGUAGUACUAGGUUCCUGUCAAACUUUAAAUUUUUUACAUGUUUCAUCACAAAAUGUGCAUAGUGCCCAAGGGGUGUAAAUACUUUUUUUACAUACUGUACUUCCUCUUCAUAAAUUUAUUGAAUUAGAGGCAUGUAAAAGUGCCCUGUUAAUGAAUCGAUCCACAAAGAUUCAGGAAAAAGAUUUGACGGGCCACCUAGAGGUCCUUAAAAACUUUAAUCUGAAUCCUGCGUUAAACUCAAUAGUAGACUGGAUGCCGACCAAGGCUAACUAUAACAUUCCGUUCACAGUGGACGCUAAAAGUCGCUACGAGUGGGAUAAUGGUGGGCCUAAUCUUCGUCCAGGAUCGAUUGAGUUCUACACGGAUGGUUCAAAAAUGAAUAACAACACGGGAGCUGGGGUUUAUGGCCCGGGAAUAAAGAAAUUUAUUCCUAUGGGACAUUACCCAACAGUUUUCCAAGCUGAAGUUUAUGCAAUAGUUGAAUGUGCGUGUAUUUGUCUGAAAAGGAACUACAGAUUUACAAACAUUUGUAUUUUCUCUGACAGUUUAGCAGCUUUGAAUUCCCUUAAAGGGUAUACCUGCCAAUCAAGAUUAGUUUGGGAAGGUGUUAACUUACUGAAGCAAUUAUCUCAAAAUAACGUGGUAAAUCUAUACUGGGUUCCUGGGCAUUGUGGAAUUCUAGGAAAUGAAAUAGCGGACAGCCUUGCGAGGAAAGGAUCGGAGACUGAUUUUAUUGGUCCAGAGCCCUUCUUUGGUGUUCCAGACUGCUCUAUGAAAAUGGAGCUUAAAAUUUGGGAAUUAUCAACAGUUAAAUUUAUUUGGAAUACUACAGAUACUUCCAGACAGGCAAAAAGAUUUAUUUUCCCCAAUGAGAAAUCAUCCCGGGAAUUACUGAAACUAGACAAAAAAAAUUUUAGGGUGAUAACCGGUUUAUUGACCGGCCACUGCCCUUGCAAAUACCAUUUAUUUAAUAUGGGAAAAACUGCAGAUUCAAUAUGUCGAUUUUGUCAAAUGGAAACUGAAACAUCAGAGCACUUGCUAUGCAGUUGCGGUGCCUUGAUUCAAAGUAGAAUUUCAAUUUUUGGGAAAGGGGUCUUACAGCCCUCCGAUAUAAUUAGGUUCCGUCUCGGCAGGGUCAUAGACUUCAUCAAAAAAGUCGACCCUAACUGGGACAAAACGCAGUAAACAGGAGCCGCCUAUCACCGUUCCAUGGUGCUGGGUCAACCUGAUUUUGCUAUAAAAAAUGAGUCAUACCACAAUAUUCCUAUAAUUGGUCGCAGUGGUUUCAAGGCUCUACAAA